AUGCUCGAAUUCUUGGCGGCUGCCAACUCUAAAACGCUUCCGUACGCCACGGUGCCAGGCACAGCAUCACUGUAACGUAGACGAUGGCCACAGAUAGAGCUUGUACUUGGUCUUCACGCAGUCCAUCCUGUCACAGUGAAUUGUGUUGUUAGUCGACAGAAUGUCUACGAACUAGGCUUGUAGCCCGUUGGUACUGCACUCGCCUCCCCUGGAGGAACAACUAAACUUGGGGGAGUCGGCAGCCACUUUGGACACUGUCAUAGUAAUCGAAUCUGAUGAAGAGGGUUUGGAUGGCCACUCAGACGAAAUACCAGCCUCUAGUGACGCUGCUGGUAGUGAUGCCGCGGCCACCGCUGCACAGGCAACUAAUCAGGGGUCGCUCUUCCCUUUAGACAACCUGCAGUUACCCUCGGCCUUCCUUUCUGAAUCAGAUGACGAUGCUGACCUUGGGGCUAUUGCACCGAUUGAUCCAGCCAGCCAGGCUGAAAUUUGCGAGUCGAUAAGAUCUUACACUGCCUCUGUUGCCCCUUUAAAUCCAGAUGUUCGGAAGUCCGAAGAAUGCAUAUCCUUGGACUGCGACAGCGGAGACAAAGAGGAAAUCGUAGACAGUUCGCGACGGUCUCCCAGUGCCACAGUGCCGUCGACGCUUGUCUCAGAAAUUUCCCCGGUCAGUGGCACCAAAAAAGGUGACAAUGAGCCACGCUCUGAGAUUUCUCUUCUUGAUUCCGAUCGCGAGAAUGAGACGGAGAGGCAGGAAGCAAACCACCGUCACCGCCAGUUAGUUUGCCUUUGCAUGCUGCCGCCGUCGACCCUAACGGAGCUACUGUUUCCCCCACCAUACCGCGAGGAACCGAGGUGA